GUCGGCGCCCUGUUUCCCCUGCUGUGCGGCGUCACCCUCGCCGCGGAGGAGGCAUGCAGCUUCGAGCAGAUGACCUUCCCGCUUCGAGGCUUCAGCGACCACGAGGUCGAGUUUGGCGGUUUGAAGCGGCGAUAUGUGCUGUACGCCCCACGAAACCGGGGGGACCCCGCCGUGCCCCGGCCCCUGCUGAUCCUGGCGCCGGACGACGGCCUCAGCCCGCAGGAGCAGGUGCACAUGGCCGGCCUGGUGGGCGAGGCAGAGAAGGGCUUCUUCGCCUUCGUCGCGCUGGAGGGCCUGCACACAGAGGCCAUGCCCGGGAGGAGGGAGGCCGGCGUCGUCGUAGACGGGGCCGCGUACACCCAGGCGGUGCUCUCCCAGGUCGGCCGCCUCCUCUGCCUCGACGCCGCCCGCGUCAGCUGCGCCGGCUUCGGCGCUGGCGGGCGCCUCUGCGCCGCCGCCGCCUCGGAGCUGCGCGGCCUGGUGGCGGCCAUCGCGCUGGUCGCGGGGCUGGACUACCCCGAGCCUGACCACGCGGGCGGCCCCGUCAGCGUGCUCGCCUUCCACGGGCUGAAGGACCCAGUACACCCCUUCGAGGGCCAGGGGGAUCUCCAGUCGAUACCGGACGCCGCGGAGGCGUGGGCGAAGUUCAAUAGCUGCACCAGCACGGAGGAGGAGGAGGGGCUGCAGGACGGGGUGACCGUAGUCCGCCACACUGGCUGCC